AUGCCGCCGAAACGCGCCGCGAAGGCCGCAGCUAAGCCCGCGCCUGCCACAGCUCCAACAACCAGAGGCACUCGAUCGCGUGCGCAAAAGACGACUCCACCACAAGAAGAAGAGUCAGCACCCAGCAGUGUUGCGCGCAGCACCAGGUCACGCAAGUCUACAACAGUUGAACAAGAUGCACCCGCACAAGAGGUGGAAGAAGAAGUUGCGACACGCGAUGCGAUCCCUCAACCUCGCACGAAACAGCAGCGCCCUACUACGCGUGGCCGCCCUCCGAGGACUGUCAAGAAGCCAGCACCUAGCCAAGCGAACAAGGAUGUCAUGGACAAGCUGAAGGCGCGCAUGGAAGAAGACCGCAGAGCCACAAAAGCUGGAAUUGUACCACAAUCUGCACCUGAGACUCAAUCGCAACAGGCAGUCCGAGAAGCCACGAACAACGAUGGAGAUGCUGCUUUGGUGCCUGCUCGCGCUGCUCCACGAUCGCCCUCGCCAGCCAGGCAAACAGCAGUACCAGGAACGGCAGUCAAGGCGCCUGCUAGUGUCGUGCGUCCACAAUCUGCUGUCAAGAUGCAGAGUACGCCUGGAGCAGAGUCAUCCGUUCUGGCCUUGCAGAACUUCAGACGACGCGCCCGUCAGCCUAGCUUGCUGCAGAUGGUGCAGAAUCUUGAACUUGCUGGAACUCCGAUCGAUGACACGACAGACUUCACUCUUGGUAGCUUGGGCGAUGAAGAUGAUUUCGCGCCACAUGACGAGAGCACACCUCUGCAGGUCUCCAAGGGUAGACCCAUUGAGAUUGAGCAAGAGCCGGAGGAAGACGUGGAUGAGGAGGAGGUCGAGCAAGAGCAGGAGAAUGCACAGACACCAGAACCGACAUUGCCAAAUUCAGACGAUGAGUUCUACGGCGCGACACCACAGAAAUCAUCGCAACGGCAGACUCGUAAGCGCAAAUCAGAUGCCAUCGAGGAGUCCGAAGUUCAAAUCGCCCGUUCAUCGCCUUCAUUACCAUCACCCUCAAGAUCACUUGCUGGGAGAGAAGAAUACGAGACCAUUCCAGCAACAGCACCCGAAGACGACAGUGAAGAGCCAGCAACGACAGAGUCGCAACAACGCAGGUUGCUGAGUGAUACCUACGCAGAGCCCAUGAGCAGCUCACCACCACCUGACCCCAUCAGUCCCGUCUCUCCCGAGCAACCUCGUCGAACCCCUGCACUCUCUCCUUCAGCCAUCCGCAAAUCCGCUCGAGCCGGUGGACAGCAGACCAAGAAUGUUAAGCCAUUGACAACAGCAACAUUACGAGCCAUGCUGCCCAAGCGCCGUGCUCAGCGUAAAGACGAUUUUGAUUUCAGUUCUUCAUCAGCUCUCGAAGCCUCAUCCUCAGCAUUCGAAGACGAGAAGCGCAAAAAGGCAAGGACGAAGAAGACUGUCGCGACCAAGAAACCCGCGCCACCAAAAUCGAAGAAAACAAUUACAAUAGCGACAAAAAAGACAUCACGAACCUACGCUCGCAACAAUAAAGAAAACAAUCCUGUCGUUCAAAUUUCUUCUGGCUCUUCAAGUCUGUCCGAGCUCAACAGUGAUGAGCUCGAGGCAGACGAGACUGCAGACACGAGUAUUGAUACUAUCAAAGGCUCUAACUCUGACGAGAAGAUUUCUGACGAGUUGAAGAAAGCGAGAGAGAAGUUUGCAGAGAUUGAUAAUUGGGACAUGGAGUUUGAGAGUGCGAGUUUAGGGGCUGGUGGGGCGAGUAGUCCGUGGCGGUAA